GGCUUUGGUGUGGAGAUUCUUGCACCUUUACAGACCCUUCUGCACUCUGGAAGCUGCUCAACGGGCACUGGUGCCAGGAUCCCCCCUGUGCCAUCUCAUUGAUACAAAUUGUAUUCAUGCCCAGCACAGCCAGGCGCCCAAACAGAAAGGUGGCAAGAAAGCCAAGGCUGCAGCGGUGGUGGAUGCCGUCCCCCCAGAGGACAUGGGCAAGGAACAGCUGGAGGAGCACAUUGUGCGUCUCCGGGAGGAGCUGGACCGUGAGCGAGAGGAGCGCAACUACUUCCAGCUGGAACGUGACAAGAUCCACACCUUCUGGGAGAUCACCCGCCGGCAGCUGGAUGAGAAGAAGGCAGAGCUGCGCAACAAGGACCGUGAGAUGGAGGAGGCCGAGGAGCGGCACCAAGUGGAGAUUAAGGUUUACAAGCAGAAAGUGAAGCACCUUCUCUAUGAGCACCAGAACAACAUCACCGAACUGAAGGCCGAGGGCACGGUGGCCAUGAAGCUGGCCCAGAAGGAGCACCGCACCCAGGAGACAGACCUGCGCAAGGACAUGCGCACCUUGAAAGUGGAGCUCAAGGAGCAGGAGCUGGCCAAUGAGGUGGUGGUGAAAAACCUGCGCAUGAAACAAGAGGAGGAGAUCACCCGGCUGCGCAGCGACUUUGAGAGACAAGUGAAAGAGAUCGAGGCCAAGUACGACAAGAAGAUGCGAGUGCUGCGCGACGAGCUGGACUUGCGGCGGAAAACGGAGAUCCACGAGAUCGAGGAGAGGAAAAACGGCCAGAUCAACACGCUGAUGAAGAACCACGAGAAGGCCUUCAGUGACAUCAAGAACUACUACAACGACAUCACCCUCAACAACCUGGCACUCAUCAACACUCUCAAGGAGCAGAUGGAGGAGAUGAAGAAGAGGGAGGAUCACCUGGAGAAGGAGAUGGCAGAAGUGCUGCUUCAGAACAAGAGACUGACAGAGCCCCUGGGGCGGGCCCGGGACGAGGUGGCCGAGCUGCAGAGGAAGCUAGCCCACUACGAGAAGGACAAGGAGGCGCUGGCUAACACAAAGGCCCGUCUGAAAGUCACCCAGAAGGAAUUGAAAGACCUUCAGUGGGAACAUGAAGUGCUGGAGCAGAGGUUCAUCAAGGUGCAGGCGGAACGAGACGAGCUCUAUCAGAAGUUCACCAAAGCCAUCAGUGAAGUGCAGCAGAAGACGGGCUUCAAGAACCUGCUGCUGGAGCGCAAGCUGAAGGCCCUCUCCAACAUCGUGGAGAAGAAGGAGGUGCAGCUCAACGAAGUCCUCUCGGCCUCCAAUCUCGACCCCAGCGCCCUCACCAUGGUCACCCGCAAACUGGAGGACGUGCUGGAUUCCAAGAACAACACCAUCAAGGAUCUCCAGUACGAGCUGGCGCGAGUCUGCAAGGCGCACGACGACUUGCUGCACACCUACGAGGCCAAGCUCGCCGCCUUCGGGAUCCCGCUGGACAACGUGGGCUUCAAGCCUCUGGGGACCACGGUGACGGGACAGACGCUGGGGCACGGCCCCGCCACCCGCACCAGGCUUCCUAGCUAG